CCUGCUCCCCCACGGUUGGUUCUUCCUUGCUCUACUCAACCAUGACGACCUCUUCGCUCUUACUCUCGACUUGUGUACCCGCUCCUCCCCGACCUUCCUUCGCUCGCCUUUCAGUCAAUUCUCACCAACUCUCUCUCUCUCCUUUUUUUCUUUCUGGUGUUUUCUCCUUUUCUCGUAAACUUUGCCGCCUAUGAGCAGCCACACUGCCUUACUGAAAUCCAGAGCCUAACCUUCAAUCCCACCCCCCGCUGCGCGUCGCUCGCCAAAGAAAUGUUCGCCAGGAAAACUAAGGCUACCCUCGCUCUCUGGUGCCCAGGCUAUUCGGAAACUCAGAUAAAUGCUACUCAGGCAAUGAAGAAGAGGAGAAAAACGAAAGUCACAACCAAUAAAUGUCUGGAACAAGUGUCACAAUUACUAGGAUUGUGGCGUCGCUUCAUUCGAACUUUACUGAAAAAACAGUAAAUCAUCUUUAUUAUGGUCAUAUUUCACAGCACCAAAUAAAUCAUCUUUAUUAAAUAGAUGAAACAUUAACUCUAACUGUGGUGCAGAAGAUCACAAAUAGUUAUCUUUUAAUUACAGAAGAGUUUCUUAACUUAUUUUUCUAAGUUUUUAUUGUUUAAUAUAAAUUUAUAAUGCAGGGGAAGUACUACUCUUCAAAUGUUGAGGGAAGCUUCCGUAACAUUGAUGACUGGCUUAAUUGGCAGUAAUUCUCAGCCGUAAUUGCAUAAGCAUUACUCAAGAGGAAAAUCCAAAAGUGUAGCAGGAGAACUCUUUUCCUUGAAAAAGGAAAAAUAUUGAACUAAAUGAUAGCACCUAAACUUACGUUUAGAAGGCAGACAUUCCUUCUACAUGUAAUGAUACUUCUUGUGUUAAACUAAAAAUUUACAAGAGAAGAAAGUGAAAGCAAAUGGGGUUUCACAAAUAGCUGUAAAUAUAGUGAAGCAAUUUGAAAUAAUUUUCAAGCAAAAUAUUGUGAAAGUAUUCUACGCUAAGUUUUAAAUAUUACCUAACAGACAAGAGUGGUAUAUAAUAAGUAGAUCCUGAGAAGUACCUUUGUUAUAGCUACUAUAAAUAUAUAUAGAGAGAAUGUACUUUAAUUUAUUUUGUGAAUGCUUUUGAAAAUGUAUAUGUUCCUUUGUAAUUGACACUAUAUAUUUCUUAAUAAAAUAAUUCUCAAAUUUG